AUGGAGAAUGCGCCACGGAAAGGUCGGCGGAACAGGCAAGUGGCAUUUCUUAUUGUUGCUUUACUCUUGUCUGAGGCGGUUUCAGAGCCGCUGCAGUACUCAGUGGCAGAAGAAACUGAGAAUGGUUCCUUUGUGGCUAACAUUGCAAAGACCCUGGGGCUAGAGGUAGAGCAGUUGUCAUCCCGAGGGGCCCGGGUGAUCUCUGAGGAUAAAACGCAAUAUCUGCAGCUUAAGCGUGACACUGGGGAUCUUCUUAUAAAAGAGAAGCUGGACCGGGAGGAGUUGUGUGGCCCUGCCGAGCCCUGCGUGCUGCCUUUCCAGAUCUUAAUGGAAAACCCUUUUCAGUUUUUCCGGGCUGAGCUGAGGGUGGAAGACAUAAAUGACCAUUCGCCCAUCUUCCCGGAAUCUGAGAUGAUCUUGAAAAUACUAGAAAGCAUUAUGCCAGGGACUGUGUUUCCACUCCAUAUCGCCCAGGAUUUAGACGUCGGAACAAACAGUGUCCAGAACUAUACCAUCAGCCCCAAUCCCCAUUUCCUCAUCCGCACUCUCACACGCAGUAAUGGAAGACAAUUCCCAGAGCUGGUAUUGGACAAAGUUCUGGAUAGGGAGGAGCAGCCUGAGCUCACUUUAACUCUUACGGCAGUAGAUGGGGGCACUCCACCCAGAUCCGGGACAGCUCAAGUCCGGAUCCUGGUUAUGGACAUCAAUGACAAUGCUCCUGUCUUCUCUCACACCCGGUAUGAGAUUCAAAUCCCAGAGAACAUCCCCAUUGGCUCUCUAGUAGUGACUGUUUCUGCUCGAGAUUUAGACGCCGGAAUCAAUGCGGAUAUAGCCUAUGCCUUAUUCCAAGCUUCUGUUGAAGUCAGUCAAACAUUUGAAGUAGAUCCCAUUUCAGGAGAGAUUCGACUCAAAAAACAACCGGAUUUCGAAGCAAUUCAAAGAUAUGAGGUGGAUAUUGAAGCAAUCGAUGGCGGGGGCCUAUCUGGAAAAUGCGCUGUUGUGGUUCAAGUAAUGGAUCUGAACGACAAUUCCCCAGAGCUGACUAUAUCGUCACUUACCAGCAACAUCCCAGAGAACUCCCCAGAAACAGUGGUGGCCGUUUUCAGCAUCCGAGAUCGUGACUCCGGGGACAACGGAAGAAUGAUGUGUUCUAUCCAGGAAGAUCUCCCUUUCUCCCUGAAACCAACUUUCAAGAACUUUUAUACACUGGUCACAGAGGGAGCCCUGGACAGAGAAAGGAGGGCCCAGUAUAACAUCACUGUUACCGUCACGGAUUUAGGGUCCCCGAGGCUCAAAGUCCAGCACAACAUCACGGUAUUCAUUUCUGACGUCAAUGACAAUCCACCAGUAUUUACUCAGACAGUCUAUACACUCUACCUCAGAGAGAACAACAGCCCUGCCCUCCAUAUUGGCAGCGUCAGUGCAGAUGACAGGGAUGAGGGACCCAAUGCUAAAGUCACCUACUCCCUGCUGCCUCCUGAGACUAAAGAUUUGCCUCUCUUUUCCUACAUUUCCAUCAAUUCGGACAAUGGACAUCUGUAUGUUCUGAGAUCUCUGGAUUACGAAACCACCCAAGCCUUCCAGUUCACUGUGAAAGCUGCUGAUGGCGGCUCCCCAGUCCUGAGUAGUCAAGCUCUGGUUCAGGUUGUGGUCCUGGAUAAGAACGACAACUCUCCCUUUGUACUGUAUCCUCCACAGAAUGGCACAGCUCCUUGCAGUGACCUGGUGCCCAGAGCUGCAGAGCCAGGUUACCUGGUGACCAAGGUGGUGGCUGUAGAUAGAGACUGGGGACAAAAUUCCUGGCUUUCCUACCAGCUACUCAAAGCCACAGACCCAGGACUCUUUACUGUGUGGGCUCAUAAUGGGGAAGUUCGCACAGCAAGACCUAUCAGUGACAGAGACACCAUGAAGCAGAAGCUUCUGGUUCUGGUGAAGGACAAUGGAAAACCGCCUUUGUCCACAGCAGCUACACUGAAUGUACUCCUGGUGGACAGAUUCUCUGAGCCACAUGUACAGCUCCAAGACACAAAGAAGGAACAAGUCCAGAAUGACUCCCUCACUGUCUACUUGGUCAUUUCUCUCAUUUCAGUCUCAUUCCUCUUCCUGGUCUCUGUCUUCCUUUUUAUAGCUGUGGGUCUAUGGAAGAGGAAGAGAAAUGCUACAAAUGGCGUUUGCUUGGGGACCAGUGGCCCCUAUCCAGGCCAUUUAGUGGAUGUCAGCGGCACAGGGACUCUUUCCCAGAGUUAUCAGUAUGAGAUGUGUCUGACCAGUGGCUCAGGGAAUGGAGAAUUCAAGUUCUUGAAACCCAUUAUUCCUAGCCUCCAAGCUCAGAAUACCGGGAGAGACUUAGAAGAAACCGCACCCUUUAGGAGUAGCUGUGGCUUCAAUUAG